AUGUGCAAAUGAAUCAUCCUAAUAAUCGUGGUUCCAGAUCAGAUUCAAAGCCCUUGGACCAGAUUCAGGAGGAGGCAGAUAAUUCUGCCUCAAGACAACGUAUGUCUGGUGGUCCUUCUGACUCUACUGUGUAUGAUUCCAAAUAUCCCCCGCUCCUCAGACUGGCGCGCCACCAGAGAUAAAUGGAAAGAAGAGGCCAAGAGGUCCAGCCUCAAAAGAAUGUCCUCAGACCAACUCACACAACUGAGAGACAGAAAUGAAACGGGUUCCUUCAGUGGGUUGAACAAGGUGAUAGUUGAUGAUGAGGAUAGGGGCUCAUUCAAAGAUAGUGACAAAGGAUCAUAUAGGGACUCAACCAGUUCCUUAGCUUCUGGGAAAGGUUCACAUAGGGGUAGUGAUAGGGGUUCCUGCAAGGAAGGAGAUAGGAAUUCAUACAGGAACAGUGAUAGAAACUCUUUCAAGGAUGAGGAUAAGGGAUCAUAUAAAGAUGAUGAUUCCUACUUGGAAGGCAGGAGCUCCCAUCCAGCUGCUGAGAGACCUGACAGACCAAGGGCAUCCUCUGUUGAUGAAAAUCCUGCAAACGCUGUUCUCCAUUCUCAGUCACUGUCUGGUGAGUCUGGACCGAAGGUUGAGGAUCUUAAGAAACAGCAACAACAAGCUGUGCGGACAUUUAUGGAGAUGAAAACUGGGAAAAAGAAAGGUUCUUCCGGUAGUUUUGGUUCAGAGGACACACAGGGUGCUGACUCAAGUGGGUCGAACAUGUACGAGUACAUUCCAGGAACAUCACCCACUGAAUCUGUCACCGAUCUCAUCAACAAAGCUUCAGAGAAUCUGAAUGCUUCGAAGGCCCAUCGAGCUGACAGUAUUAAGCGGUCGUCGUCUCGCAGCAGUAGUGACUACAUCGACAUGGCGAGACAGCAGCGCAAGGAGACGGAGUGGAGCAGACUCCGUUCACGGGGAUCCUUCAACUACAGCCCUGACAUGAACCGCUCCAACCGCAGCUCCAUGUGUUCGGACCACCAGUACGAGGAUAUCAGUGUGUUCUCACCGUCAACACCACGGAACUCCUACCCAGGGAGUAUACGUGAAAAUGAAGAGUUUCCACCUAAGGAUGCUGUAAGGGAGAAGAGAGAUCCAGGGUUGACCCAAAGUGCUAGCAUGGACUCCGGACUCACUGUGUCACCAACAUAUCAGAAUCUGUUCUCCACCCGGCGACCACCUCCUCCCCCGCCGCCACGGUCACCGAGUCCAGUCGAGCAGCCACCUGCCUUGCCACCUAGAAACUACAGACGGCACUCCGAGGGCCGCGUGCUUAGUAAACGAUCAGCAACCGCGGAUCAAGACCUCUCGCAGAAAGAGGAUGAAAACAUCGACAGAUCAAAGAGGGAUUUUGGUGACUUGAAACGACAGUUUGAAAAUUCUCCAAGAGAAGAUGCUUACAUCGAGAAACUGCGAAUGGAAUCAAGACGAAGGAUGUCAGCUCAGCCAAUGUCUAUUCAGUACACAAAACCAACAAUCAACUACCCAACAACAAUAAAACGAGAUCCCUUGCUGGCUCAGGAAGCAACAUCACCAUUGAAGGAACAUUCAGCGGUGGACAUCAGAAACUUGGUUGAGGAGAGCAACAAGGAAAACUCAGCUCCAGCCCAGCAGGCCACAGUGCCAUCAUCCAAGAAUUCAAGGGAGAGAACUCUGUCAGACAUACCUCCACCAUCACCACCGAAAAUUACAGAAUCUGAGAUCACUUCUGAUAGUGAAGAGUUACCUCCCCCUCCUCCAGAUCUUCUGAGCAAAGAAGAGGAAGAAGAAAUGCAUGAUGGAUAUGCAGACGACUCCUAUAUGUCGGCUGCCGUCAGGCGCUCACGGCGCAACUCUGGAACUGGGAACUACAAGAGGUCGGCUUCUGCAGCAGCGCUGCGUCCAGAUGAAGAUGACGCCAGUAACGACACUGAUGCCAACAGCGUGUUCAGUGACAAGAAGCUGGGACAUCAGGCAUGGAACAGUGAGUCUGCUUUAUCAAGGCAUUCCAUUGGUGCUUCAAUUGGACACAAUGAGAUGCCAAACCUUCCUGGAAAUAUCCCAGCUUUCAAAGCUGAUGUGGAACAUGUGAAAAAUGUGUCCGUAGGAACAGUGCAACCUCUGCAACCCAAACCGCUUCUUUCUCCCUCAACGGAAACUGCCCCCUUAUUUUAUCCAUCCUCCUCAACAAGUGCACCCAAACCAGCUGCCCGACCUCCCCAAACCUUGUCCAUGACAGCUUCCUCAUCAAGUUCCCGCUCAGCCCAACUCCACUCUCCAUCAUCAGGUCAACCUCAACAGACUCUCUCAAUGACCUCUUCUUCUUCCGUAAGUUCUAGAUCUGCACAGCUCAACUCACCAUCAGGUCCACCUCAACAAACUCUCUCAAUGAGCUCUUCCUCCAGUUCUCGGUCUGUCCAACUCAACUCACCAUCAUCAGGUCCACCUCAACAAACUCUGUCAAUGAGCUCUUCCUCAAGUUCCCGGUCUGCCCAGCUCAACUCUCCUUCAUCAGCUUCAGUGAAGCCCCUGGUCCAACCACAGACAUCAGCUGGAAGUGCAAGACAUGCAUUGCAUCCUGCACCCAGUAAUUCUGUUGGAGGGACUUUCAUAACACCUGUGGUUAAAUCUGUGCAAUCACCUUCUUCAGGCCCAGCUCACCCCCAUGGUUCAGUGCAGUCACCUUCCGGUGUGUCUAGUUUAUUCUCUCCCCGUCCUUUCGUUUCGCAUCAUUCCCGGGAGGGAGAAGGAGGGGAAGGCAAAAGGUUUGGUACACCCAAUUCAGUGAGAGACAGAAUCUCUAAAAUAGAACAUGGAGGCAAUAAGAAUGUGGGGUCACCCAGGUUAGAACAAGGUGGUAGAGUGGGGUCUCCAAAACACACAGCAUCACCAAAACCUGCAGACAGUUCAUGGAAGACUAACCCAGAUCCUAUCCGGACAUCAUCACCCAAAACUGUCGGUGGUCACUUGAAAGCUGAGAGCUCCUGGGAGACAAUUGAGAACCUCAGUCAAAGCUCUGCUCAGAAAGCAGCUCACAGUCAGAACAGUCAAAACAACACACAGAAAUCUCAGCGUAUACUUGAAUCCUGGCGGGAUGACCCCUGCUCUCGCUACCCACGACACGAGUCUUUCAGUUCGUCUUCAUCCAACUCAACUGUCUCUAGCUCCGAAAGGAGAUCCAAUAAUCAUGACAAUCUUCCUCCCAAUGUGUCCGACAGGAGACCCAACAUUCAGGACAAUCCUGCUAACAGUGCUACCUCCCCAGUCCAUCCUAGAUACAGACAUGCGUCCCCAGCAGAACAAAGUGCUGUAGAUAAGCGGAGUCCUCACGCUCCCGGUCAGGUGAAUCAGAGUGCAUAUAACCAAAGAGAACCAAGACAUUUCCAGAGUAGUGCUCAGAGAACUCCUGAUGGUGCUCCUCAAGGACAGGACCAAUCCAGAAUGUUGUCAGGCGAAUCUCAGGCCUUGUCACCCAGGUAUCGGGAAAAACGAUCGAGAGAUUGCCAAACACGUGACCAAGACUCAAAUGGUGUGCAUCGGGACGGUGAAACAUAUAGUCCCCGAACAUAUCAUCAGCCACAUCCAGAUAUGCAUAAAGGUGUUAGUGAAUCUCCGCGAGGACAAGGUGCUUCUAGUGAUGUUAAUAACAUGAGAAGGAACACUGAGAGGUCAGACUCUCCUCGGACUCAGGAUAAUAAGAAAUCAGCACCCAGUUCUCAGGUGGAGAAGGAAAAUCCCCAACCUGUUGAUCCUGAUUCCAUGGCAGUUCCUGUUCAUCAUGGUCGUCAGCGUUCACAAGAAGAGAUUGAGUGUGAUGAGCAGGCCAAACAAUUAGCAAUGGAACUGGAAGGUUCAGACAAGAAAUUAUCGGAGGUUCUUACUCAGGAUCACAAGAGGAUGAAAUACAUGGAUGGCAUGUUCACUGAUCCUGUUGACAUCAACAGGAGGCCCUCUUGUGGCAAAACGCAGCUCAAGGAAGUCAACACACCUGAAGACACCAACAAACCUGCUGAUACUGACAAAAAAGGUGCCCUACCUGCGUCUUACUUCAAGGGAUCUUCCAAGGCUCUGGUGGAGAUGGAGCUGCGACGACAGAAUGAAGAGGUGAACAAGGACAUCAUCAAAGACCUUCAGGACAAUGACAGCCUCAGGAAACAAAAGGAGGAGCUGAUGGAGAAGUUGUAUGCCAAGCUGAAGGUGCUGAAGGAGGAGAAACUGUCACUGCAGCAGGAGAUCGAGGAGAAUGAGGAUCUGGGCAAGAAGGUGUGUGAGGUGGUUGAGAGACAGGCCCGUACUCCGGCAGAGAAGGGCAAGUUCAACCGCUUCAUUGAUGAACUGGAGAAGAUAGUACGCCUGAUGCUGAAUCUGUCUGGACAGCUGGCCAGAGCUGAGAAUGCAGUGCAGAGUCUUGGGCCUAAUGUUGAUGCUAAGAUCAAGAAAAUGACAAUCGACAAGCGUGAACGACUCCAUGCAAAGUACCAGGAUGCUAAAGGAUUAAAGGAAGACAUUGAUGAGCGCAGUGAAAGUGUGGCUGGCAUGCUUCGUAACUUCCUUUCCGACGAUGAAUUUGACGAUUACAUGUACUUCAUUAAAAUGAAGUCAAAACUGACAAUAGACAGGCAGGAUUUGGAGGACAAGAUUAUGCUGGGAGAGGAGCAGAUUCAGGAGUUGAAGAAAAGUAUCCCAGAUGGCUAACAGAAGGGAGAUAACUCUAACAAGGGAGACAACUCUUCUCGUUAUGUGGAAGAAGGCAGUUUAUCUAACCCUGACAAGGAGAGACCAGUGCUCCAGCCAUUUAUAACCAGUCUCCUUACAUGGAAGCUAAGACUAUUAACCAUCAAUUAACAUAAUGGAACAACGGUACUGAAGAGAUGCUUUUUGUUGAACUCCGAAAAGCUCUUUAAAAUAUGGAGCUGACAUAAGUUUCGUAAAAUUAAAAAAGUCCAAGGAAUGAUUCAAAUAUGCAAGGUAUGUGGACAGUUCCCCACUAUGGCCAAAGGGAAGACAACUCUGCCAAACAUAUAUUGAAUCUAUGGAAAAGAAUUCUGGUGUUCCAGAUGCACUGUUCUUCCUGGGAUAUAGAGACAUUGUGACAAUGUUGUGAUAAAAUGUUUGAUGCUUCUUGCUGUCAAAACCAUACAGUCUGUCAAAAUGAACUGGAUAUCGGAUUGUUGAUUCUCAGAAUAUAUAUAUUUUCGUUAUUCACUGAUUCUGAGGACUGGUAGUGUGUUCAUUUUUUUAAGAAAAUAUGUGACAGAAUGGAUGGGCGGGCCAAAGUUGUCAUCAUGACUCUAGAAAGUAACAAUAUGCAAUUACCACAGUAUAAACCCUCCUUCCUUGAGUGUCUGUGAGUCCUCGCUGUGAGGGGGAAGAAGGAUGCACAUGUCACAGGGUAUUUCUCUGUGUUUCGCAUGUAGAUGUAGGUCUCGAUUGCAGAUUUACAUAAAAAAUAGACAUCAUAAUCUCCACUUCAGAUUGUCUUCAUCGUUUUCAUCACUCUCGGUUUACUUGCCUGUGUUGUGCUGUAUAUAAAUUACUGUUGCUCUGAAGGCAAAGACACACAUAUCUGUCCUUGGCCCGAUCCACAAAGCGUUCGUAGAGCUACGACUUUUGUUUAGCUAAUGAUAAACUAUAGAGUUAUGACAUUUCGUAACGUUACGAACGCUUUGGAUCGGGACCCUGAUUUUCUGUCAUAGCUGAUUUCAUCAGAACAUCGAAACUGCAACCAUCGUAACCUCUUCUUGUGUACGUUUUUGGGUUUAGGAAUUAAGAAAGGUUCUUUAUACGACUGAAUCUGCUUGAUUUUGUUUGAAAUUUACGUUGAGAUAUAUCAGUUAGUCAUUUGGAUGCAUAUAUUACGAGGCUGAUGGAUGCAGCUUGUUGGAACUUGGCCCUCGUGUAAUCUAUGCUGUACAUAUGCCUUUUGUGGUUCCUUCUGUCAUUUUUAUUUGUAAAUUUUGUCCAUAAUAUUUUCUUUAUUAUUUCAGCUAGCACACCAUCUUAAAGUGCUUGCAAUAUUUUUUUUCGUUUUCAAAAUUUCACUGGAUGUUUAAGGCGCCAAUUAUUUCUAGAUAUUUAAAAGAUCGCCAUGACAACUUAAUCUGUCAGCGCGUACGAGUGUACAUAUUUGUGAUUUCAUUAGUGAAGUUAUGAUCUGAUUAAAGGGAGAUAACCAUACAAGUUUAUGAUUUUCCUCCGACUAAAUAAAUUUCAUUUGCAGUGGACCAUGUGGACAAUGUGGAAACUAACGUACAAUGUGAUAAAAUCAGCCGAUAACCUGUGAAUAGUUUCAUGUGUAGUUUACCGUUAUGCCAUAUUUUUGAGCAUUAUAAGAGGUGCUUAAAGUGCUAGUUCAAAGAAAUUCCUAACUGUGUGACCUUUGGCCUUGUAUAUCAGCAAUACAUAAGCCCAUCAUGGACAUCUUCACAUAAGGUAUUUUCAAAGGUUGUUUGGGUAUUUUAACAAGCAUGGUUGUGACGUGACAUGUUGUAAGAUAAAACAUAAAUCGUUUAUUUUUCACCAGUUUAUAAUAACCAAUUUUUUCAUUGCAAUAAGUUAUUUGUGACUGUGUACAUGGGACUGCGAUGUCUUGGUGCAUGCAUUGUUAAACUACAAAGAUCUUGUCAUUAUCUCCCUCCAAGGUUUCAAUGUCAACAUACAGUGUUUCUUAACCAGCAAUAAAGCAUGAGAGAUAUUUUUUGAAUUUGUAGAUUUGAUAUUUUUUGUCAUUUCAAAAGAUUUGAUGUAAGUUAGGAUAUUCCUGAAGGCAAAGUAACAAUGUUAGUGGGCUGGUUGACACCAGUCUGUACCCCUAUCUGCAUACCUAUGCGUGACCUUUGUAAGCAUGAUGGAAGAAGCUCUUGUACCCCGUGUAUUACGUACAUUUUUUAUGCAAUAUCAUAUCACUGUUGCACAUACACGAGUGUACACAAAAGUGUAUGCAAUCAUGCACUGUGUAUGGGGCCCGACUGAGUUUGCAUACCUAUGUAUGACUUUUGUAUGAACCUUUGGUUGAGUUGUAUAUGCGUAGCUACGCAUGAGUUACGAUGAUAACCACAUGUACUAGCCCUAUAGUCAGCUGACCCUCUUUGCUGUACUACCUUUCUGCUGCUCCAACGGUACCACAAUCAUCAAUAAAUGGUGUGUGAACUA